AUGGGUGAGCAUAAGAGUGAUAAUGAUUCGGCAUCAGAAAGUGACUAUUCAUCAGAGUGUACAAAGGAAGCACCUUCAACUGUCUUAGACCUAACAAUAAACCCAGAUAAAUUAAAUGAAUUCGCAAGGGUUUUAGUGUCAGAUAUAAAAGACAAAAUACAAGCAGGCACAACUAAUAAACAGAAGCUAAUUAAUACAGCCUGGGAUACAAUUGAAAAUAACAAAGACCUAUUACUCUCUACCAUAUAUAUUAACAAAGAAGAAAUCACUAAUAUACAAGACAGGAUGUGCAAGGAAUUUAAGCGUGCCGUAAGGAAUAUAAAGAAUACAAGUGGGAAGAAGGAUGUAUCACUGCCUGCUAUUGUGGAUACAAUUAAGAACUCAGAUACCAAGAACACAGAAGAAGAAGUGCAGACAAUAAGUGAGCACUUAAAGAUAAUUAUACUGCAAUUAAACCCGUAUAUACUAACAGGUUAUGUAAAUGUAAUGUUCUUAGAGGAUUAUUAUCCUAAGCUAAAGCUAGCAGGUGGAAUAUUUCUGCUGGCAGUACUUAUACUCGUUGUGGUGUGUAAUGUAUAG